AUGCCGGCAGAGUUCAGUAUUUCUAUCCCUGGCGUGCACUUUGGUCAUGCGCAAGACAACAAGGUUCUAACCGGCACCACAGUUUGUUUCUUUGAUCGCCCAGCAGUCGCCGCCGUUCACAUUAUGGGUGCUGCACCUGGCACUCGCGAUACUGAACUGCUGAACCCGGAGUUUACCGUCGACCAUAUCGACGCGCUGGUUUUGUCUGGCGGAUCUGCUUACGGGCUGGAUGCCGCCGGCGGUGUUCAGGCCUGGCUACGGAAACACAACCGCGGCAUUCCACUGGACCCGGUGCGUAUCCCCAUUGUCCCCUGUGCGAUUCUGUUUGAUAUGCGCAAUGAAGGCGACAAGGACUGGGGGCGCUUUUCCCCCUAUCGAGAUCUGGGUUACGCAGCCAUGGAAACGAUGACCCAACAGCCUAAGUUAGGUGCUGUCGGUGCAGCGCUGGGCGCCAGAACGGCUAACGCACCGGGCGGUUUUGGCAUGGCAGAAACAAAGCUUCGAAGUGGCGGCACUCUGUUAGCCGCUGCCGCUGUCAAUGCAGCCGGUUCAGCCCUGGUUGGCGAUACCCAUCAUUUCUGGGCAGCACCUUUUGAAGAAGAUGCUGAGUUUGGCGGCUACGGCUACCCACACCCUUGGCCAGACGAUGCCAGACAAGGCCGCACCAAAUCAGGACAGCGUGUCGCAGGCGCCAACACAACCCUGGGCAUUAUUGUGACAGACGUGAAACUGACCGCUGCUCAGGCCAAACGCAUCGCCACAUCAGCACAUGAUGGUUUUGCCCGCGCGUUAUACCCGGUACACACACCCGCCGACGGCGACCUGAUUUUUGUCGCCUCAACCGGACAGUAUGAUGCAGAUGAAGAAGCGCUGCUUGACCUGGGUGUGCUCGCUGGUAACACCAUGGCCAGAGCCAUUGCGCGCGGACACCGCGUGAACAGCACAAUCGAUAUAGACGGCUUGAGCCGCCGCAUAGACGCAAAAAAAGAUGAGCUGAUUGCCCUCACACAGGAUCUGAUACGUAUCCCCACAAUCAAUCCACCCGGUGAAUUCUAUGAUGACUGCGCGCACUUUGUCGGUGAGCGUAUGGCCCAGCGUGCUUUUACGGUUGAGUACUUUCGCGCCGAAGGUAGCCCUGGGGACACGGAUCAGUAUCCGCGCAUGAACGUUGUCGCCCGGCACCAUGGCGGCAGCGGUCCCUGUGUGCAUUUCAACUCCCACAUUGACGUUGUUGCAGUCGGUAAAGGCUGGCAACAGGAUCCAUUCGCCGCGACGUUGCUGGGUGACCGGAUCUACGGGCGCGGCGCAUGUGACAUGAAAGGUGGUCUUGCCGCCUCGGUUAUCGCCGUUGAAACUUACCUCGAGAUGUAUCCUGACCAUCCUGGUGCCAUCGAGAUAUCCGGCACCGCAGACGAAGAAAGCGGUGGCUAUGGCGGCGUCGCCUACCUGGCUGAACUGGGCAUCAUGGCAAAGCCACGUAUUGACCAUGUGAUCAUCCCUGAGCCGCUGGACAAAGACCGCGUAUGUUUAGGUCAUCGUGGUGUCUGGUGGGCGGAAAUUGAAACCAAGGGCCACAUUGCCCAUGGCAGCAUGCCCUUUGAUGGCGACUGUGCCGUGCGCCAUAUGGCUGCCGUACUUGCCCGCUUUGAAUCCGAACUUUUUCCUCACCUGGCGACCAAACGCACCAACAUGCCGGUUGUCCCGGAUGGCGCAAAACAAUCGACGCUGAACAUCAACUCAAUGCAUGGCGGUGAAUCAGAAGCGUUUGAGGGUCUACCCACACCUCUGGUGGCAGACUCCUGCCGCAUGAUUAUUGAUCGACGCUUUCUUAUCGAAGAACAACUGGCCACGGUGAAACAGGAGGUUGUCAGCCUGUUGGACGGAUUGCGCGCAGACCGCGACCGGUUUGACUACACCAUCAGAGAUCUGUUCGAGGUGAUUCCCACCAUGACAGACGAGCAUGCCCCUGUGGUUCAGGCCGUCAGCCAGGCCAUUGAACAGGUACUGCACAAGCCUGCCACGAUGGUGGUAUCGCCGGGCACAUACGAUCAGAAACAUAUAGAUCGUAUUGGCAAACUGAGCGACUGCAUUGCUUACGGCCCGGGCAUCCUGACCCUUGCACAUCAACCCGACGAAUAUGUUGAGGUGCAGGAUAUGAUCGACUCAGCCAAAGUCAUGGCCAUCGCCCUGCACAACCUGCUUCACGGACUGCUUGACCUGAACCUUACCGCGGCAUCAGAGGUUGCAACCCGCCUGGGCAGCCGCGCCAUUGCCCUGGAAGGUGACGUCACCAACGAAGCAUCCAUGCGUAGCGCGAUAGAUCUGUUACAGCGUCGUGCGGGUGACGUAGAUAUUGUGGUUAACAACGCCGGCAUCGGCCUGCCACCUACUGCAAUGGAAGACGUGAGCGCAGAAGACUUUCAACGCCUGUGUGACGUCAACAUGCGAUCCAUUUUUGUAUGUGGCAAGGUGAUUGUACCCGCGUUUAAGAAACGUCAGCAGGGGGUCAUUCUGAACAUCGCCUCCACCGCUGGAGUGAGCCCGAGGCCCAACCUCACCUGGUACAACGCAUCUAAAGGCUGGGUCAUCACCGCCACCAAAUCAAUGGCCAUUGAACUUGCCGCGCUUAACAUCCGCGUCAACGCACUUAACCCGGUUGCUGGAGAAACGCCACUGCUGGCAACAUUCAUGGGUGAGGACACGCCAGAGCAACGCGCCACGUUCUUGCAGAGCAUCCCCUUAGGACGUUUCUCCACACCAACGGAUCUGGGCGCUGCAGCGGUGUUUUUAUGCAGUGAUAGCGCCAGUUUGAUUACAGGUGUGGCUCUGGAAAUUGAUGGCGGGCGCUGUAUCUAG